GCUCUUUCUGUGCCGCUGCUUCUCACUGUCUCUAGCUGUCUCUGGUGUUGCAACUCUCUCUGUCUCCUGGGUCUGGGAGGUUCUCAGUGCAGGGAUCCCAGCUCCAAAGGAUGUCCUGCACUCCUAGCUCUUCUUCUUGGUGCUAAUUAGGUCCCUGCCCCCUCCCCCAUCCACCUCUGAGAUGGCUCACUUUAAGCCUAGCAGGAUGGCAAAACCUGCCAAUCUCCUCAUUAGGAUUCCAUACACCUUAUUUGUAUGAUCCCACCCCCACAAAAGUGUGUAAUAAACCUUAUUAGCAUUAUUAGCAAGCUAUCCAAUACCCUUGGUGGGUUACAAGCACCUCAUUUACAUAGUCUCACCCAGUCACUUGAUGGAAGUUACAAGACUGUGGCAAGAAAGGCCAUUGCGGUGUGAUGGAUUGCUUUUAUAUGCAAGAUGGUGGGUUUCCCGGCCCAUGGAGCAAGGUGGUUACAGUGCGUGUGCGGACCUGCCAAGUGAGAGAGAUGAGUACCUUCGGGUCAAGGCUUACAGGCCAAGUGGGGUGCCUCCUGGCACUUAUCAACAGAGCUAAAAGAGCUUUGUAACACUUGCCUGAGCAGGGCAGAGAGAGGCACGCCUGCGGGAAUGGCUAUGAAGAGGCCGUCCUGAUGGAAGAACUAUAUCCUGAUGUUCCUGAACCUGCAUUGUAACCUGCUUGUAACUUCCUUAAUAAACCUCUCAACUGUAAGUAUUGUCUGUGAGUACUGUGUGGCAACUGCAUUGAAUUGGGACCCAGCCACCCCCAAGCCACUCUUACAGCCACGGAAAAGCAAUCCAUCACAUGGCACCAAGUUGGACUAGGAAGAAAGGCUAGGUGAUCUACUUGUUUUUACUGGCCUCACCUGUAGCAGUCUUUCUCAUAUACCCCACUCCAAAUAUAACCUAGGCUUAUUCCACCAGCUUUUUUGCCCUGUCUGUGAUGGACACUCUCAUAUAAAAUCAGUUUGUUUCUUCAAAUCUUUUUCUGUCCUUAAACCGCUUCCUGCAAGACUUUUUCAGUCAGAAGCUAUUCGUGGUUGUCCGUGUACCGGCUUUUUCCCUUUACCCUUUAUUCUUUUCAGAAGCCUAUCUCUGAUGCACACUCUUGAACUCCUGCUUGUCCAUUUUCAAAUGUAUUUUCAUUCUGAUUUUUUUUUUUUUACAAAGUGUUUAAAGGAAGCGACAAUAUUACUUUUUUGCCCAUGCAAUUUGAUCUCUGCCUUGUUUUCCUAGUGAAGUUCGAGCGACGGAAAAUCUAUCCAUUUUUUGCAAGGGUUGAGGAGACAGCAUAUCCAACAGUUCCGCUAACUUUCUCCUCCUCCUGGCUUUUGGCACAAAGAAGCUGCUGCAUUUGUUCUGUACGGCCGGUACUCAAAUAUGGCCGCCUCCACACACACACACGCACACACACGCGCACACACACACACACAACGGGAAUAGCUCAGACGUAUGACUUGAAAAGGCCGUGCCGGAAAUGCCCUUGUCCGCGCUCCUUCAAAAGUCUCGACCCUCGCCUGUCGCCGUAGGCAGACAGGGAUUCAGCGCGGAGAGUGGGGAAGAAGAAAUAGUUCACGGAAAUCAGUGCAACUUUCGGAACUUGGGGUGAUUCAGAAGAAAAACAGGUCCUGACUCCUCAGCAGCAAGAGAAUCACUUGAAGGAAGGAGGAAGAAGUUGCAAGAUUUGAAUACUAUCAUUCUGGGGACAGCCUUCACAGGAUACUGGAAUUUCUGAACUGAAAUUAGAGCUAAUCCAGAAAACACAGAGUAUCCCAUUUGCUAACAAUGUCCCAAGAACAAAAGAAAAUGGUUCAGGCCCAGUUUUUGAGGAGGAAGAAGAUCAGUUCCUUGGAGGAUUUCAGUAUCUCAUGGGACUUUUGUCUGAGACUCACUGACAUUCAUUGACGUGGCUGUGAAGUUCACCUGGGAGGAGUGGCAGCUCCUGGACACUGCUCAGAAGAACCUGUACUGGGACGUGAUGUUGGAAAACUAUAGCAACCUGGUGUUCAUUGGGUAUCAAGUUAGCAAGCCAGAUGCACUCUCCAAAUUGGAACGAAGACAACAAUCAUGGACUGUAUUAAACGAAAGCCAUAGUGGAAUCUUUUCAGAAAUUCAGAAAGUUGAUGAUCAUUUGCUCAGGCACUCGCAAAAUGGAAGCAGGGUGCACAGCAUGGAACAAUGCUGUGAACAUAAUGCAUUGGAAAAUAUUGUUCAUCGACACAAAAAUCAAUUUCUUUUAAGAGAAAAUCAUGCUAUGUUUGACUUACAUGAAAAAGCUGUGAAAUCAAAUUUAACUUCACCGGCAGUCAACCAGAGCGGAAGCGAUGAAAUAAAGAACUCUGCUGAGCUUAAGGGAGAUGAGAAAACCUUUCUCCAUGAUGAUCAGGAGCAAUUUUGUAGUCAAAUGAAAUUCUCCAAGAGUCAAAAAUCCAACAGCAUGAAGUCCCAACUCAUUCAGCAUCAGAAAACUCCCAAAAUACAGAAAAUGCAUGUAUGUAGUGAAUGUGGGAAAACCUUCAUCAAAAUGUCUUUACUCACCAAUCAUCAGAUCAUUCAUACAGGAGAGAAACCUUAUAGAUGCAGUCUAUGUGGGGAAACCUUCUUUAAAAAGUUCAAGCUCAUUGAACAUCAUCACACAACUCAUAAAGGACAAAAACCCUAUAAAUGCAUGGAUUGUAGCAAAGCCUAUGUCCAUAAAUCACAGCUCAGUAAACAUCAGAAAACUCAUAUGGCAGAGAAACCCUAUAUAUGCUAUGAAUGUGGUAAAGGCUUCAUCCGGGAGAUGCAUCUCACUAUUCAUCACAGAACUCAUACUGGAGAGAAACCCUAUAUAUGCCAUGAAUGUGGAAAAAGCUUUAUCCAGAAGAGAAAUCUCACUGUUCAUCAGCUAACUCAUACUGGAGAGAAACCCUAUGUAUGCCGUGAAUGUGGAAAAGGCUUCAUCCAGAAGAGAAAUCUCAUUAUUCAUCAGCGAACUCAUACUGGGGAGAAGCCCUAUAUAUGCAGUGAGUGUGGAAAAGGCUUCAUCGAGAAGUCAUCUCUCAUUAUUCAUCAGCGAACUCAUACUGGAGAGAAACCCUAUAUAUGCAGUGAAUGUGGGAAAGGCUUCAUCCAGAAGAGAAAUCUCAUUAUUCAUCAGCGAACUCAUACUGGAGAGAAACCCUGUGUAUGCAGUGAAUGUGGAAAAGGCUUCAACCAUAAGGGAAAUCUCAUUGUUCAUCAGCGAACUCAUACUGGAGAAAAACCCUAUAUAUGCAGUGAAUGUGGAAAAGGCUUCAACCAGAAGGGAAAUCUCAUUAUUCAUCAGCGAACUCAUACUGGAGAGAAACCCUGUGUAUGCAGUGAAUGUGGUAAAGGCUUUAUCCAUAAGGGAAAUCUCAUUAUUCAUCAGCGAACUCAUACUGGAGAGAAGCCAUAUAUAUGCAACAAAUGUGGAAAAAGCUUCAGCCAUAAAGGAGAUCUCACUGUUCAUCUGCGAACUCAUACUGGAGAGAAACCCUACAUAUGCAGUAAAUGUGGAAAAGGCUUCAUUCAGAAGAGAUAUCUCAUUAUUCAUCAGCGAAAUCAUACUGGAGAGAAGCCCUAUAUCUGCAGUGAAUGUGGAAAAGGCUUCAACCAGAAGUCAUGCCUCAUAGCACAUCAGAUAUUUCACACAGGAAGGAUGCCCUUUUCAUGUAGUGAAUGUGGAAAAUCUUAUUCCCAGAAGUCAAGUCUCAUUAGACAUCAGAAAAUUCACACAGGAGAGAAACCCUUUCGAUGCAAUGAGUGUUGGAAAGCCUUCGAAACAAAGCGAGAACUCACUGUACAUCAAAGAUCUCAUAGAGGAGAGACACCGUAUGGCUGCAAUGAAUACGGAAAAACUUCUGCCUAUGGUUCUAACUUUUAUUCACAUAAAAGAAAACACAAAAGAGGGAAACGUGUAGAUUCAAUCAAGGUGGAAGACCCUUCCGCAGCUCAUCACAGCCCAUCACAUGCCCACGAUCUCAUGCCAGAGAAAAGCCCAGCUAAUACAGUGACUGUGAAAAUGCCUUCUGUGGCAGCUCAGACAUCAGUAAACAUCAGUAGGCUCCUAACUAAUAGGAACAUAGUCCUUGUGGGACAGCCUGUUGCCAGAUGUGAACCCUCAGGAGAUAACAGAGAAUUUUUACAGGAGAGAAACCUUAUGAACACAGUGAAUGUGGUAGUGCCCAUGAACGCAGUGAAUGUGGUAGUGCCUGUCAAUGCAGUGAAUGUAGUAGUACCUUCAGUGUCCAAUUGUAUUUUAUUUUAUGCCCCACAAAACGCAUAGCAUAAACUCAGAUACAUUCACUGGGGACAAGGGCUGAGCAAAAAUUUCUACCUCACUGUAUGGCUACAUAGUUAUCCUGAGGGAAGUCAUAUGAAUGCAGAGACUGGGAAUGCCUGACACACACAUCCUAUGUAAAUAUGGGCUUUGAUAUUGAGACAUCUGAUGUUAGCACAAACACAUCAGUUGUUCUGUUGUGCCAGUUAAAUGAAUGAAAGCCUGAGUAAACCUCUGUGGAGAAAAUAAAUACUGUGAAUUUUUAAAACAGAAAAGAUCAUCAGUAUCUGGAAUGUUGCUAUAAGUGCAGAGCCACAUAGGAUUUGGUUGGUGGGAAGGGCACAAUACUGAACUGGUGGGAUAUGGGACACAUAUAUAUAAGUUCUGUUUCCCCAGAUUAGUAUGAAGGAUGAACUGAAAACCAGACUGUCUACCAUACAUAAUAGAACUGUAUAUUAUGCAAAAGGUCCUAUGAAACUAUAGCCUUAAAUUGAGUCUACUCAUUAAUGUAACAAAUGUUUGUUACGUACUACCUUUGUACCUGGCCCUGUUUCCUGGAGCUGAGAAUACGGUGGUGAAUAAAAAGGACAAAGGCCAUGCCCUCUUGGAGAGAGCAUUGGGCUGAAUCAUAUUCAAGUGGAAUGUUGAUACUCCCACUAAUCUAGCCAAAAGAUGCAAUAUCUAUAUUAGGUGAAUAUGGAAUUCUUGUUACAAGGGGCUUAGUUAGAAGUUUUAGGAGUUAGAAAAUGCUAAAAAAAAUUUCUUAUAAAUUUCUCAUCAAAAUCUUGUUGGCAUUGGGUUAAUCCCGACUCACAGUGACCCCAUGUGUGUGAGUAUCAUUUUGCUCCCAAGGGUUUUCCGUGGCUGAUUUUUCACAAGUAGAUUGCCAGACCUUUCUCCUGAGAUGCCUCUGGGUGGAUUCGAACUGCCAGUCUUUUGGGUUAGUGAGUGUAUUAACCGUUUGCACUACCAACGGACUCUUGGGGUAUGGACUCGUUUUAAUGAUACUUAAGCAGCCUAGGAAACAGUUAUUUUUUAAUGCCCACAUCAUAUCUCAACAGGUAGCGUAUAAACUCCUUGAUAGUUUUUGUGACUGUUUUUCCCAAAGUUGUUUUAAAUUCCUUGAUAGUUGUUCUGAGUAUUUAUACCCAAGUAGAUUAUAAAUAACUUGAUAGUUAUAACUUGGGACUGUUUAAAUUAAAAAAUAAUAGUAAUAAUAAAAUUAAAAAUCAGUUCCUUAGUUGCACUAGCCACAUUUCGUGUGUUCAGUAGCCAUGUGUGACUAAUGCCUUACCAAGUGGACAGUAGAAACAAUGAGCAAGACUUUCUAGCCCUUUAUAUGGCUGGAAUGUGUAUACCGAGGGAAAUCUACAUAAUUUCCAUCAUCCCAGAAAAUUAUAUCAGAGAGCACUGGUUUACAUGAUUUUAUGUUCCCAGCACAAAAAUACAUCUAAUAUAUUGAUUUGGAAAAGGAAUAAAUGAGCUGAUGAACUAGUCAAAUGAUAUUUUGUCAUUGAAGUGAGUGAGCCGUUGGAGGGCAGUUUAUAGAACAGAACUUUCCCCCAGGAACUAUUUUCAUGUGAGAUUAGAGAAACUCAAUAACUGAACAUAAAGGGGACAGUAGGAAAGGAGAAGGAUGCCCAAAAAAGGUAAAAUAAAAAGUAGGGCAAGAACCAUACUGUGUAAGAAUGGAGGAGAGGACCAGAGAUGGGAGGAGUUGAAGUCCUUUUAGGUUGUUUUAGAGGUGAACCCUUAUAUCACCUUUGAGGGGUGCCACCAUUUCAAAGAUGCUGUGUACUCUGUGACCUGCUGAUAUGAGACAUGUGAUUUCUUUUAUCUUCAUCAUUCUUUCUUUGCUGGAAGCGGGGCUCUUAGCCUCUCUCCUCUAUCCAUUAAGUUCCAUUCCUUAAUAUAUAUAUAUAUAUAGUGUACUAAUUUAUAGUGAGUUCCGCUCAUAGGAAAAGACAUGAAAAUAUGCCUGCAGAGGCUGUCUCAGAAUUCAUUGUGAAAUCCUGGGUUAGUAGAUAAUUCACCCCUUCAGAAAUAAUUUAAAGCAACGUGACCACCCCAGGCACUGUUUCACGCACUGCGGAUACGGCAGUGAACAGGCAAACAGGUUUUAUGAACCUUACAGUCUAGCAAGGGAGACUUACAGUAAGAUGGAUAAUAAAACAUUAGGAAGCAUGAGUGCUAUGAAGAAAAAUAAAGGCUAAUAAGUGUAGAGAUAGUAAUGGAGGAGUAUUUUAAUAAGAAUUUUCGGGGAAGGCUUUUCUGAGCAGAUAUAUAAGCUAAGACCUAAGUUAGCUGAGCUGAGCCACCCGUCAUCAUACUUGAAAGAAAACACUACAGGACUUUUCUACGUGUUGUCUGUGAGCCAGCUUCCAGCCUCAGGAGUCUCUCUGAAGCUUGCAAAGUAAUGCCCGUUGUUGGGUCACGUCCUUCUGGGUCUGGGGCCAGCUCUGCAUUCAUAACCAGGGCUUUCUGAUGCACACUUUAUUUUGAACAUACCUGCCCUACAGCUUGGAUUAGUGCUCCCCUCACCACCCCACACCAUAACAGGAUGAAUUCAGGGUACUUUCCAGCCAAGAAUCAGAAAUGGACACUGCAGCCCCCACGCCCUCCCCUCCACUCGUCCUGUGAAUCUGCACCCGUGGAAAUCUCAGAAUCCCUGCUAUCCUGACAUCAACUAUGAGGAUAAUCAUGAAAUCAAAUCCAAAUCCUCAUUUUUCACUGCUCUUCUGACUCUAGCCACCCAUGCAGCACUUCUUUCUCUGACCCUAGCUGCUCGGAGCUAGGCCAGAUCUCACAAGUUGAGGACACCAUCUUUCAGCCUAGGAUUUCAGAUGCCAGCUGCAAGCUUUGGAGUGCCCGGGGCUCCCCUUGCUUCUGGCCUGCUGGCUACAGAUUCAGGGUUUUCCUAGGACCCUUUUUUUUUUUCAAGAUGGCAGUCAUGAGCUUGGGGUACCCCUGGGCUCCCUCACUUCUGACUUGCUACAAAUUUGGGUGUGUUCCUUCUACCCUUCAAGACACCAGCCACAGCUUAGGGGUACCCAGCCAUCUCACUUCUAACCUCCUGGGUUCCACUAUUCCCUAGGGUCUGGUAAUUCCUUGGAACAACACCCAGAACGCUUGUAAAAUACUAUACCUGAGAUUACAGCUUUAUUAUACCAAAAGAAGAUACAAAGAUGCACAGUGCCUGGUCUGGGAGGGUUCCCAACAUGAAUGGUUCGUGUCCCAAAGGACAUGCUACCCUCCCAUGCACAUGGACAUCUUUCACCAACCAGGGAACUCAUCAACUUCCAUGUACAGAGCUUGUAUUGGCUUUGUUACAUAGUCACGACUGGGGCCUCAAUGCUCAGGCAUGGUUGAUUGAAUCAUUACUUACUCCCUCUCACUCCCUAAGGUCAUCUGAUAUCAGGCUAGGAGGUCAUCUUUCUGGCUUGGAUAGCCCCACUCAUUAGCACAAGCCCUCAGGUAUUGGUCUAGAUAACAGAAGUACCUCAGUUACUCAGCAUAUUAGAAGAUUUUAGAGUUAUUUCUCAAGAAUUAAGGGCAAAGACCAAAUUAAGUAAGGUUAAUUGUAAGCCCCAUUCACCACACCCUGCCAUAGCAAGUGCAGUACAAUGGAUUCUCUUCUUCUGGCCCUGUGUUUGUAAAUGAAUAAUAUCUUUUAUAAGGAUCAGCACAAAGCUGGUUCCUAUGAGGUGGAGGCUAAAGAUAUCCCAAAUGUCCAACUUUUCCAAACUGCUGUACUACUCCAUUUCUAACAUCAAGUACUCCCUCUCCCCUCAGUACUCUCCCUCCCAUCUUGGGUUCACUAUGACAUCUCACAGAAUGCAUGAACCAUAUAAAAGAAAUGGCUCACACAGUUGUGGAGGCUGUGAAGACCCAAAUGCGUGAGUCAGGCAUAGGCUUCUCCCAACCCACGUGGCUGCAGUAGCUGACGAACUCAAACCGGCAAUUCAGACGACAGGCUGGUGAAUCAGGUCAGAUGAUAGGCCACCAACCCACAGGGUCAGACAGCAGGCCUCUGGCUCAAGUUCCAAGAACCAGAGGUCAACUGAUAAUGAACCAGACUCAGGAGCCAGAUGCAGAGAAAGAGAGAAGAGAGAGCCCCGCCAGGUCAUCCACACAUAUAUCUUAGAUGCAGGCCACACCCCAGGGAAGGGCAUAACUUGAGUAAGAGUAGGACUCGAGUCAGGUCCUCCUGCAAGGCUGUGACCCAAGACACACCCUACACCAAUCCUGCCUCAUCAACAUGUAGAGGUCAGGAUCCACAACACAUAAAAUGGAGGACAACCAUACAAUAUUGGCAGUCAUGGCCUAGCCAAGGUGACACAUGAUCCCAACCAUCACAGGUUCCAUAUAACUUAUUUGCAUAGUCCUACUCAAUCAUUGUGUGUGAGCCACAAAGACCAUGGCUAGAAGGGCCAUAUUAAGUAAUUCAUUACACUGCAGUUUGUAAUUCUGCCAAAAUAAUUAAUUGAGCUGAAGUCUUCCCUGUGAUUAGUCUAUUUUAUGCAUCUUGCAGGGAUUGGUCAAUCUGCUAUACAAAUACAGUAGUGAUUUGAAAAUACACCCAAUGGGAUUGAGUGACUUGCACUUCACCAAGGGGAUUAUUUGGCUCUUUGUCCUUCUGGGAAGGCCAUGCCUGAAAAUUGACAAGCAGUUUGCCUAUACAAGCAGCCAACCACACAGGUUUUUAGGAGAGAGAGAGAAGAGGAGAGAGAACCUCCUAAAAGAGCUGUAAUAUGAGUCAAGCACUGUAACGCUGAAGAUAAGAAGAGCCCAGAAGGUGGCUCAGCAGCAGAGAAAUGGUGGCAACAGUACCAGUGGUGGGAACCAUGAGAGCAGCAGACAGCAAGCCCACGGAGCAUAGCUGGGCACUUGGCAGAAAGUUGCCAAGAGAGCUGGGUGCCCCAUAAAAAGAAAGCAGCCACAAUCCAAGGCCAUGUAGGUGGAUGCCCUAGCAAACAGCAGUGUGGUACCAAGCUGGCCUGCCUUUGGCAAUGGCAGAUGUCCCAGCUCUGCUCAGAGCUGUAGCACUAAGACCUAGAGGGGGUCAGGCCUGAGAGCCAAAAGGAGGCCAAGAAGAGACUUGUCCUGAGGGGGACAAGAGGAGGCCUGCAGUGCACUGAAAUUACUUGGUAUGGCCCUCGUUAGCCAGAGUCUUUGUGACUCACACACAAUGAUUGAGCAGGACUAUGCAAAUAAGGUAUAUGGAACCCUAAAGAAGGGAUUGGUCAGUUUUAAUAUCCCACUAGGCUUAAAAUGAGCCAUCCUAGACACGGGAGAAGAGGAUCUCACCACUACCAAGAAAGAAGAGCCGGGAGUGGAUUGCAUCCUUUGGACUUGGGAUCCAUGCUCUGAGAAGCUCCUAGAACCAGGAGACAGAGAGAGAGAGAGAGCCAUAACACUGAAGACAGCAAGAAUCAGCAACAGAGAAAUGGCAGCAGAACCGGGAGACUAGCAGGAGACUGUGAGGUUGGCUUCUCAGCCCUCAUAGGGCAAAAGCAGAGUGCCUUCAGGCAGGAGGCUUGCUGAUGGAGUAGAAUGCCUCCAGGCACUUGGUGGAGCUAGGUUUGCUGACUCAUGGAGCUAGAGCUGAGCACCUUCAGGCUGAGGCUUACUGGCAGAGUGGGGUGCCUCUGGGAAUUUAUCAGCAGAGUUAAAAGAGCUUUGGAACACUUGUCUGAGCAGGGCAGAGGCCAUGGGCCAGAGAGAGGUGUGUCUGUAGGCAUGGCUGAGAGGAGGGUGUCCUGAUGGCAGAACUGUGUCCUGAGCUUUUCUGAACCUGAAUUGUAGCCUGUUACUUCCCUAAUAAGUCCCAUAAUCGUGAGUAUUGUCUGUGAGUUUUGUGUGGCAAUGGCAACAAAUUACAGAACUCAACAGAGCAAUGGAGAGUGCCCUGUGAGGGACAGUUGUUACAAGAAUUGGUAAAAAGGUUGGAGGGUGGAGGCAUGUCUGACCUCCACCUCAUAGCAAUCAGCCUUGG